UGCCCCGCCCUCUCGGUGGCGGAGACUGGUCAUCUGGAUCCUGAUCACAGCACUCCUCCGGUCCCAAACCCCAAGUCGCCGGGAGGGAGCGGCGGUGGGAUGGGAUCUGCGCCGGCUCGCAGAUCCUGUCUCCUCCUCCCAUCCACCGGAAUCGUCGGCAGCCCUGUGCUUCCUGGGCAAUCCACGCAGGCCUCCUGAACCAGAAAGCGGGGUCGGCCUGCAGUCUGGGGACCCUGAGGACGAAGGGAAGGGCCAGCCAACCCUAGGAACCGCCCUCGGGGACCCCACAGACCUCGCCUAUCCUGGGCUGGCCUGAGCUGCAUCCAGAACAUCAACAGUGCCCAGCUUAGGCAGAGAAGCCUUUGGAGGGCCAGAAGCCUACAGCAGCAGCAGUAACUACAACCUGAACUUCGAGCUACACAGAGAAGAAGUUCCCUACAGAAUGUAUGAAUACCAGAGGAUCCCUCCACUCAUCAGCCAGGUGCCUUCCAAGAUGAGAAGGACCCACGUGGGUAUGGAAGUCAAGAACAGGUGCAGCCCCCACAAAGUUUCCAGGAAUAACCACCUGUUCCCCAGGCAGAUAAAGCCAGUUGGGACUGAGGAACUGCACUCCAUCCGGGGGGAGCUGAGCCAGAUCAAAGCCCAAGUGGACAGCCUGUUGGAGAGUCUGGAGCACAUGGACCAGCAGAGGGACCAUCCUGCAGGAACAAAGGACAGUGAAGAGCACAGGAGCCCUGGUAGUGAGGGCUCCUCAUGCAGAACUCCAGAGCCCCAGCAAGAGCCCAGCGGCCAGAAGGCCCAUCUGGAGGCAGACAGCUCCGAGGGAAGCACAGACACCCAGCAGGCAAUGAAGAAUCAAGCACCCUACCCAGAGGGCAGCCAGUAGGUGGAAACCCUUCCAGUCUCAUCAGCUCCAUGCACCCUUCCUUGCCUAUUUCUUCAAAGGUUUCCCGGGAGCACCCAGGCAACUUGAAGCAACCAUUUUGGAACUAGGGCAAUGGAAGAAGAGGCACAGGUCAGGCAGGCCAGCUGGAGUCUCCCUGUAGUGGUGGUUCAGCUUUGGAGGUGGUUUCCAAAUGAGCCCCUGGGGCUGGCAGGGUAGGGAGGGAGAACUGGGACAGACCAGCAGUAGCUCACCAUUGUCAUGAAGUUGAGGCCAUCUUACAGGAGGAUACUGCUCAGGUGCUCCCCACUCCCCAUGAGCCACCAGUCACAGUAGUGUGGAGCACAUGCUGCAGCCUGCCCAGCUUUCUCCAGCAACAGCAGUGAAACACUUGUGUGCCUCCAGUCUGACACUACGCUGUAAGAUCCUGUGUGCCCCACCUAACCCCUUUUGGUUCCUGAUUUGCCACCUGCUCUAUAAAGUCAUGCUUCAGAAUAGGGGUAAAAUUUUGGGGUCCAGUGUCAUAGUUUCUUGCUAGUAUGACACCACAUAUUUCAGAUUUGCUUAUGUAUUGUCAGAAGGG